UCUUAAAGAUACGGUAGUCCUGGAUAAUGGGAAAUUGCGCAACAUCGGAGACGGCAGGGAGCGAACCUGCUCAACCCAGAGAGGAGACGUCGAAUGAUGUCGCAGGGGAGAAAUCGUCGGAACCCACCAAGCCAGUCGUGUUCGUGUUCGGGUGUACGGGUAAUGUCGGCGGCGCCACGAUCAGAGCCCUGUCUGCUCAGUUCGGAGAUACGUUGGAUAUCAGGGCCGGUGUUCGGGAAUCGAGUAUGGAAAAGGCAUCUUCUCUUCGAGAGCUGAAAGGUGUCACUGUGGUUUCUGCACAAAUGGGUGAUAAAGAUAGUCUGACAUCGACUCUAAAAGGUGUAGAUGUCAUCUUCGUGACCGUCCCACCCACGGAAGAUCGAGCCGACCUCAGCGUCCGGUCCAUGGAAGCAGGCAAGGAAGCCGGCGUCAAACAUGUCGUCGUCAUCAGUCUUCCACCAGUAGAUCUCGAUAUCUUGUUUGGUCGACAAUGCAAGGCUAUUGAAAUAGGAACGAAAUCUCUCGGCAUCCCGUACACAAUCCUGCGACUGCCGAUGUUCGUCGACAACCUAUUCAUGGCGAGAGACGGAAUCGUUGGUCAGUCUAAGAUCUACGCUGCGAUUGAAUCAGAUAAACCCUACUGCCCUGUCCUGGUCAGUGAUAUCGGUGAUGCUGCUGCGACGAUCAUGGCGACGUAUGAGAAACACGCAAAUAUGACUUACACCAUAACAAGCACCCGGUUCACAUUCAGAGAGCUCGCCAAACUCUUCAGUGAGGCGUUGGGUCGGGAGAUCGUGCACGAACACGUACCGUACGAGGCAGGCAAGCAAGCAUUUAUGGGGGUUGGAAUGGCCGAGUGGCAAGCUGACGGCGCCAUGGAGCUGUACCGACUCGUCAACGAAGGGUCGCCGCUUGCCGACAUCGCUGACAUGGGAGAUUUUAAGAUGAUCACGGGCAAAGAACCAACGGAUAUCAAGACUUGGGUCGACAACGUCAAAGAUGCCUUCAAAUAGACUGGAUAAAGUUGCCAAAUAAAAUCAGAUAGAGAGGAAAUAUGACAUUACCAUUUAAAUAGAAUACCCAUGACAAUUUCUUUGGGCAGAUGUUUCUGCAUGUAUUGAAAAAUCAAAUACAAAAUAUCCAAACAAUUACUUUAUAACAUAAUUGGAAGUUGGAAGUUGGAAGUUGGAAGAAAGAAAAGAAAAGAAAAAGAAAAUUGCAAGUGUGUGCUUGUGGGUGUGUGCAUGUGAAGCAAGUGUUCUUUUCGUUUUGUUCAUGAAGUGGUCAUCUUUAAUUAAUGAAUAUUUAAAAAAAAGCGAUUGAAUUGUUAAGACCAAUAUUUUUUUGUUAUUAAUUUUCGGAUAUGAAAUAUUUUUAAUAUUAUUAGGAGGUAGAACCUCAUUGUAAAUAAGCUAAUAAUUAGCUUUUAUGUGUGAUCCUGUCAAUAUUAAUGAUAUAAUCUCUCUGUUGUAUAUUUUAUGAUGUAAAUUCAUGUAGCCUAAGCCUACAGGUUUACUUGAAUAUUGAAAUCAAUCAAUAUAAUAAAGAGUCUGCUGCGAAUUGCUGUCACUUUUCUGCUAAAAGUGGAUCUUGGCUGUAACCUGGAAAUAUUUUUCUGAUAUUUUAAUAAAAGUUUUUCAUUCCAUUAAAAUCAUAAUCACUUCAAGAA